AUGUCUUGGAACCUCUUCUCAUCGUGGCUGCAACCCUCAUCAUUAGAUACAAAGCCGGACUCAGGUACUGAUGGACAACCAAACGGACAUGCACCUGCUGUGACGAUCACGAACCCGGAUAAAGAGAACGAAAAGACUCCCAAGGCCGAGGUUUCAAAGACGACGGAAGGCGUACCGACGUUUUCAUUGUCGGACGGCGAUAAUACAACAUCGUCGCCAGAGACAGAGACUCCCUCGUUCCCAGCUCUCAAUAGUGCCCAACGAGCCAAGCCAUCAAAUAGUCCGAAUAGGAUGGCACCACCACCUGCACCGACUCUGAUGCCACCACCUGCGCGCCCAGCAACGAUCAAUCGAGGUCUUGGCCCGCCACCGAGCACAGCUUCCUCACUCCGUCUACCAAGUACAGGACCCCUGCCAAACCGUGGUCCGCCAGCAGGAAGCCAGCAACGUGUUAGCUCCUUAUCACCCAACGGCACUGCCGUCUCUGUCCCAAAUCCUCGCGGCAAAGUUCUUCUCUCUCCCGGCCACUCGCCAAUGGAUUGGGCAGCUCUCACCAAAUCUUCCUCAGCAGAUCUCACAGGCGUCAAAGGCUUCCAACGAGUCACGCCCUCCCAGCUCAAGAAAAUGACUGGACGGAAGGGAAAGCCUGCAUGGAGUUCUUGGCAAGGGAAGGUGUACAAUAUUACCCCUUACCUUCCGUUCCAUCCCGGCGGUGAAGCGGAGCUGAUGAAGGCUGCUGGGCGUGAUGGCGCAAAGUUGUUCAUGGAUGUGCAUCCUUGGGUCAAUUGGGAGAAUAUGCUGGGAGCGUGUUUGGUUGGUGUGCUGGUGCCGGAGGAGGAAAGCCCACUGGAAGGAUUGGACUGA